GUUAUUUGUUCGUUUCUUGACUUCACCUGCGCAAUGUCUAAACGCCCGAAUGCCGACAGCGAUGGCGCUCUCGUGAAGCGCGCCCGUUCCAAUGAGCCUGGCCCAACGAACCAGAUUGCCAUCUCGUCUGCAGGGGACGACAGCAAAAAGGGACUUAUCAGGACCGUCCAGCGAACCAGCAACCUCGAAGCGCCCAUUGUAUCUCUUGCCGGAGCACAUUCGGGGGAAAUUCUGAGCUGCCGAUUUGACCCAACGGGACAAAACAUUGCAGCCUGCUCAGCCGACAGGAGCGUCUCCCUUUGGCGUACCUACCCCCCAAACACCAAUUACGGCCUUCUCCAGAACCUUGCCAAGGCCCCCAUUCUUGACCUCCAAUGGUCCCUCUGUUCCCCCCUCAUCUACACCGUCGCCGCCGACCACACGCUCACCUACACGGACGUCACCACCGGCGAGCGCGUGCGUAAGAUCCGCGCGCACCGCGAGAUCAUCAACGCGCUCGACAGGACGAUGGCGAGUGGGAGCGGGCAGGAACUCGUGGCGACAGCGUCCGACGACGGGACGGUGAAGGUGUGGGAGGGCGGGGAGGAGGCGUCGAAGCAGGCUAUCGCGACGUUCGAGGUCGGAUGUCCCGCGACGGCGGUGUGCUGGAGCGCAGAUGGGGCGCAGCUGUAUGUGGGCGCGUUGGACAACGAGAUCCAUGUGUACGACCUUCGCAAGGGCGAGCAGGUAUACACGCUCACAGGGCACACGGACACGCCGACAUCCAUUGCACUGUCGCCCAACGGCAACUACAUCCUUUCCCCCUCCCUCUCCUCCCUCACGAUCAUUCAUGACGUCCGCCCGUUCUCGCCAACACCCACGCGUGUACACCGCAUCUUGCAAGGAGCCCCAGCCGGCUUUGAGAACACGUUGCUGAGAGGCGCGUGGAGCAAGGAGGAUGGUGGGCGCCGCGUCGCUGUCGGCGGCGCGGACCGUACCGUCUGCAUCUGGGAUGUGGAGACCGGAAAGAUUCUGUACAAGCUUCCUGGGCAUAAGGGCACAGUAACAGCGGUUGACUUCCACCCGAAGGAGCCGAUCAUCCUUACCGGAAGCAAGGACGGCACGAUGCUCUUGGGCGAAAUCGAGCCGACGAACGUUGCAUAAUGUACAGAGAGUACAGAUAUUCAGACACUGCAAAAUCCGAGGUUCUGGACGUCAUGCCACUGGCGUUUUGCAGUACGAAUGGCAGCCUGAGCAGCGACUUUUAACCACGAGCACAAGCCUUAUGAAAAUGAUCAGGAUAUAGUAAGCGUCAUCUAUCUGUCGAGACACAGUCGAGGCAAACAAGGU